CCGGGACCGCGGUAUCCAGACGCUCAGAUCAGUACGAGCGGGGCCUCGGGCGUGGUCCGUGGGCGUAACCCUGAGGAUGACCGCGAGUGUGACCUGGAGCGAGCUCCGCAGGGGGGAAUUUCGCCGGUCGUGGCCCCGAGGACCCUCCAUCGCAGGGAGCCGGUCCCCGCACAUAGCGGUCGCUGCGUUUGUACGGGUGUUGGGGGGUGCGUGCGCGCGUUCUCUCCGAAGCGGGGUGGCCUCCUGUGCUCAACCUGGAUUCUUCAUUUUUCCAAAAGAAGAGCUCAAAAGAGAAGGUUCAUCUCUUACAAAUCUCAAAAUCAUGUCUCAGGGAUCAGUGUCAUUCAAGGAUGUGACUGUGGACUUCACCCAGGAGGAGUGGCAGCAACUGGACCCUGCUCAGAAGGCCCUUUACAGGGACGUGAUGUUGGAAAACUACUGCCACUUCAUCUCUGUGGGGUUUCACAUGACUAAGCCUGACAUGAUCCGCAAGUUGGAACAAGGAGAAGAGCUAUGGACAGAAAGAAUUUUUCCAAGUCAGAGCUUCCUAGAAAAUUGGAAUGCUGAAGAUGUUUUAGUGAAGUUCAGAGAAUACCAAGACAAGCAUUCUAGAUCCAUCAUAUUCAUCAACCACAAAAAACUGAUUAAGGAGAGAAGUAAUAUUUAUGGGAAAACAUUUACUCUAGGCAAGAACCAUACUAUUUCCAAAACAACACUAUGUGAAUAUAAACCUAAUAGAAAGAUAUUGAAAAAUAUUUCAGAAUUAGCAAUUAGAAAUAUAAGCCCUGUAAAACAGAAGUUUGAUGAGACUAAUGGAUGGGAAAAAUCACUCCUCAGUACGAAGCGUGAGAAAAUUCAUCCUGCAGUGAGUCUCCAUAAACAAACAGAAAGGGAUCUCAGUGGUAAACAGGAGCUUAUUCAACAUCAGAAGGUUCAAACUCCAGAGAAGCCAUUUGAACAUAAUGAUUGCGAAAAAUCCUUCCUUAUGAAAGGAAUGUUAUUUACACAUGCUAGAGCUCACAGAGGAGAAGGAACCUUUGAAUACAAUAAAAAUGGAAUUACCUUCAUAGAAAAGGCAAAUCUCAGUGUCCCUCCACAUAAUCUUAUGGAAAAGAAGCCCUCUGUAUAUAACAAAUAUGGGAAAUUCCUGUACAGAAAGCCUGUUUUUAUUAUGCAUCAGAGAGCUCAAAUGGAAGAGAAACCUUUUCGAUGUCUUUACUGUGGGAAUGGCUUUAGAAGGAAAUCAUACCUCAUUGAACAUCAACGAAUUCACACAGGUGAGAAACCUUAUAUUUGCAAUCAGUGUGGAAAGGCCUUCCGUCAGAAGACAGCCCUCACUCUUCAUGAAAAAACACAUAUAGAGGGGAAACCCUAUAUUUGUAUGGAUUGUGGGAAGUCUUUCCGCCAGAAGGCAACCCUCACUAGACAUCACAAGACACAUACAGGGGAGAAAGCCUAUGAAUGUACUCAGUGUGGAAGUGCCUUUAGGAAGAAGUCAUACCUCACUGAUCAUCAGAGGACUCACACAGGAGAGAAACCAUAUCAGUGUAAUGAGUGUGGGAAGGCAUUUAUCCAGAAGACAACCCUCACUGUACAUAAGAGGACUCACACCGGAGAGAAACCCUACAUUUGUAAUGAAUGUGGGAAGUCCUUCUGCCAAAAGACAACCCUCACUCUCCAUCAGAGAAUUCACACAGGGGAAAAACCAUAUAUUUGUAAUGAAUGUGGGAAGUCUUUCCGCCAGAAGGCAAUCCUCACUGUUCAUCAGAGAAUACAUACAGGAGAGAAAUCCAAUGGAUGCCCUCAAUGUGGGAAAGCCUUUAGUAGGAAAUCAAACCUCAUUCGCCAUCAGAAAACUCACACAGGAGAGAAACCAUAUGAAUGUAAAGCAUGUGGGAAGUUCUUUAGUUGUAAGUCAAACCUCAUGGUCCAUCAGAAAACUCACAAGGUAGAAACCAUGGGAAUUCAGUAAAUGAUGUGACUUUUUUUUUGUAAAAUCUUUUUACGUCAUAGUAAACCCUGUACUUGACGUUGCUUACGAGUGUAAUACUAUUCAACAGUUUAAAGUACUAUUUAUCUCCUGUUUGCCAGCCUAUAAAACAACACACACAAAAUAUAUUAGACAGAUUAAAUGACAAAAAUCAUUGAAAAUAAAACCCCCAAUUUUUUUAUUAUUAGAUUCAAUAGACAAAAACUUCUACUGUCAAAUUGCUGUAAACAUUUUAAAUUGCUUGUUUUCAAUUUCAAUAUGUAACUUUUUGUGAACCAGUAAUAAACAGUUGGCCAACUGGCAGUGGUCCAUAGACAACACUGUGAAUAGAACUGCUUUAAAAGAAAGGAGAUGUGAACUAUAUUUCUCAUUGCAAAUAUGAAAUAAAAAUUAUUUGUUACCUCCUCAAAGUUAACGACAGUUCUGACUUCUAAAACUAUAAAUUAGUUUUUGCAUAUUAUAAAUCUUUAUAUAAAUUGGACUAUAUGAGUAUUGUGUAUUUUUACAUAUACAGCUUGUUUUCAACAUUAUGUCUCUAAGUCUAAUCAUUAGUGCAU